AUGAAGAGACAGCCAAAAGACGAAGAUACCAAUGAACAUUUUGGAUUUGGUGAUUCCUCGCUUCGAAAGCUUUGGGUGCCAAGCAACAAUAGUGAGGAGGGCAAAGGAAAAGACUACCAAAAUAAAUCCAAGACACGCUUAUCAGGAGCUCAACAGCCCAAAUCAGCUCCCGUCUACAUUACGAUUGGGCCGCCCUGUGCUGGAAAGACAAGCGCCUUGCGCAUGCAGCUCGAACAGGAUGGCUAUGAUCCUGACUUGGUCUUGCUGAACCAAAAGAAGAAGAGCUCUUCCGAAGAAAUCAAAACUGAAGUUGCAUUGGACGAACAAUCCAAUGUGUAUCAACGAAUUCCAUUGGCAGGAUUCCUCUUUCCCGCAACCCGACUCGAUCCACAAUUGGCCAAUACCACUCUAGAUGAUUCCGGCACCACGGUCCGAGAUCGGUUGUGUAGCCCAUCCACGCCUCGACUCGAAAGUACCGAUGCCGAAAUACGCAAUAUCAUUUUAAGAGUGGCAGGAAGAAUGACACCCCAAGAGUUUGCCGACAGGGCCAGAGAACAAGCACUGCAGGCAGGAGAUACCGUCAAAUUCUUUCGAGAUCGACGCAUGCAAAUUGCCGAAGACUUGAUUGUGGCUGUAGAACGGGUAUCGGUACAGGCCGUGGGAGAAAUCUUGUUUCAAAUGCAACUGCAGCAGGAGGAUGCCGGCAGCGAUGUCGCUUUGACGACCACCACGGGCGACGUGAGUGUCAAUGAACUGCCGUAUCAUGACAAGGAUGAAACCACAAUGUCAUCACCAUCAUCAUCGUCGCUUCCGGAACAUAAUUUGACGGCUGUCACCAAUGCGACUUCGGCACAACUGCUUUCGGCAAGGGCUCUGAUUCGAACUCCCUAUGUCGAUCUGUUUGUCCCUCAUGCCAUCUUUUCGUCUGGUGGUGGCCUGGAUCGCGCCGAACUACAACUGCAAGAGUUGCUAACCAAUUUACCUCCCACUACACCAGUAUCAUGGGGAAACACAAACACAAAGCCGGCUGAAUAUGUCGCCGCACUGCGCGCCGCGCAAACGGCCGGACGACCGGUCAAGUUUAUUGCUUGGGGGGUCUCGCCCUUUCUCCCCUACGUCUCUCGUCAGGAACUCUUGAGAAGGACCGUGUCGAAAUUCCGAAACACGGGUCGGUACAUUCCUGCAGGAGCUGUAGGGGCCGCAGCGGGACGAGUGGAAUGGUUGAUCCGGGAAGCGGCCAAGGAAGUUGGCAAACUGUUAGACGGUGAAAUUGCUAUGAAUGAAAACGACAGCAGACAAGACGAUGAUGCGACCGCCCUGGAUAAUAACUACAGAUCCGAAGACGAGCACAAAUUCAAUGUCGCGUUCGCAGCAUUGGCCGGAUUUGCAAUGGACGAGGAAGGCAGAGUCGUGAGGAUUGCGCAACCGAGAACACCCAACCAAAGAUUUCAUUCCAAAAAGGGCAAGGGCAGAAACAAAAAAGAUUCAAAAGAUCGAAGAAAAGUGCGGGCUUAG